AUGGCCGCGUUGACGUAUGAAUUCCACAAUUACCAAGUACGAACUGCAAGAGGAGAGUCCGAGCCAGCUGCAAUCGCAGGACAAUUGUCGAUAACUUCGAUUGACCUUGGUGACGAAAUAUUGAAAGUCCUGAAAAGCAACGCCAUUGGAUUGUCUCCAGAAGGAAAUUACCUUCCAGACGAUGAAUAUGAUAGACUAUUGAGGAAAGACAGAAUAGAAGCUGCCCUUGGUGGUGGCCGCGAGGAUUUUCCCCUAGUCGAAUACAUUGUUAGCCGCGCGAAAAAGACAUUUGCGACGUUGCUGCAGGUAUUUUCUAAUUCUGAAGAUCGUCGCGAUGUCAUGGCCUCCCUAACGGAAAAAGAAUUCAACGACACGCUCUUAGAAUCAUACGAACUUGGCACGUCAUACUUUCAACAUAGGUUGUGUAACGAGAGAACAACUGACGAUUUCAAAAACAAACGGCUGUCAUUUAUUCUCCCCAAUUUUGAUAUCAAUGUUUUUCAAUCGCUUUUGAAGAAGCUGAAAAAAAUUAGCGACCCUGGCUAUAACAUUCAAAAGGAAUGGGAGCGUGAGGCAAGAGCUCACCAACAGCUAAAUUGUUUAAUUAAAAAUAUCAUUCAAGCUUUUGCCGCCUACCGUCAAAUUGCGACAAACAGACGGCUCGAUGAAUACUAUCUUGUACAUAAAUGGGCCAAUGGUGGAAGCCUCUUUGACUUCUGGGAGAACAACCCUGAACCACAAGUGGAGUGUCCCGACGUUGGUAAGAUUCGGCGAAGGGUCAAAGAAGUGGUGGAGCAGCUGCAUGGACUAGCGGAGGCUCUCGAAGCUAUGCAUUCUACUAGUGCUCACUCCCCUGGAAAUAGCAGAAAGAAUUCUACGUCAAACUCGCCUAGACUCCUAUCAGAGAAGAUUGCAACCUGGAAAGAGGAUGCUUUUGAUAACGGUGGACCAUAUGUGGAUAGCUCUUCCUUGCCUACGUUCAAUUUCGUCUCCGAGGAAGAUAGCGACGGCUAUACAACAAUACCAAGCAUCUUGGUUUCUUCUGACCCUGCAAGUUUAAAAGCAACCGAAAAUUCCGACUCGCUGAAUUGGCGUCAUGGCGACAUCAAACCAGAGAAUAUAUUACGUUCUAUUACCGGCCAACAAGAUGAUGAAUUGGGGAUCCUUAAGCUCGCAGAUCUGGGAAGAGCUCAACAGCAUCAAUUUGUGACAAGCAUGAGGCAUACCAAGGAGAAGGAGCUUUGGAAAACACGAUGGUACGAACCACCAGAUCUUGAGAAAAAGAAUCAUGAGGAGGCUCAAGGAGAGAAAGGUGCGACACCAUAUUGGCGGAAAAGAAGAAAUGGAAGCUACGAAUUGACGGAAGCAGUUACAGGAUUGCUCAAGAUUAAAUUGCCUCCAAACUCCGACUUCUACGCCAAAGGUUUCCGUACAAACGCAAAAGACCUAAAACUACAGCUUGGGAAUAUUCUUGAACGCGCUAGAGGAGAUGAAAAUUAUGUGUUCAGUGGGACGAAUCGGACAAGAAUGUCUCUACCCACCCUUACCAAUUCAGCUACAAACAAAUCAUUAAAAUCUACAAGUGGGUCGUUAUUGUCGGUUCAAGAUGCAAGGGGAGUAAAUCUCCCCAUCAUUCAGGGACGGAGAACUGAGAUAGCCCAACGCCGUGAGUAUACUAGCGACAUAAAAGACCAGUGGAGGACUAUUCCUGAAGAUCCUUCAUUCGUUGAGUCGAUUUUAAUGGGCCGGAACUUCGGCUGCGAUGAUCCCGAGUUAUGUAUAGACUGCAAUGGCAUCGAAAUCUCGUCACUGCAUGCGGAAACUUCUCACAAUAUGAAUAUAUUGGAGACCAAUUCAACAGAAAGUGAGUGCGACCUCUGCGAAGUAAUCUAUACGGCAGCCAAAGAUCACGGCAUCAAGAGUCGUGAUGGCAUCCAGCAGAUCUCGAUAGUACGAUCAGGCGAUGACUGCCUUUUGAAAGGAACCAAGCGAAAGUUUCUUCGCCUAAUUGAAACAGUGCAGGAUAUAACAGCUCCCGUAGCUGCACCGGAACUAGCUUCAUUGACCAGCAAUCGUGACUCUUCUCCUGCGGAUCUUGACUCUUUCAUGAAACUACCAAGGGCAUGGCUUGAGGAAUGUAAUACCAAACUUGAAGAAAUUUGUGCUCCCAAGAAUACUCAUACCCUCCCAACAAGGCUCAUCAGUGUUGCAAAUCUGAAGAAACCAAAGAUUGUAGCGACGGCGGAUCUCUCUCAGGCUAUUCUUUCGGAAGGUAUUCGAUACAUUGCACUUUCUCAUAGGUGGGGUGAUAUGCCAUAUGACGCUACCACAACGCAGAAUAAUCUCGAACAACGCCAGAAGAAAAUUCCGAUGGACGAGCUACCACUGAGCUUCAGAAAUGCUAUUGCGGUUACGAGCGCGCUAGGAUGUACCUAUCUCUGGAUCGAUUCUCUGUGCAUCAUGCAAGGCCCCGAUGGUGAUUUUGAUGAGGAGGCAGAUAAGAUGCAAACAACAUUUAACGGUGCGUACCGCGUUUUGGCUGCUUGCAAUGCCGAGAGUGCCAAGAUCGGUGAUGUCUUUAUCUCACCGAUCACAAUCGACUUUGAGCGGGAUGUCCUUCACAGCCCCCUAGCCCGGCGUGGAUGGGUUUUACAGGAACGCGCCCUGGCACGCAGAACUAUUUACUUUACAGACAAUCAGACCUAUUGGGAGUGUGGCGCAGGAAUUCGUUGCGAAACAUUGGCAAAGCUCAAGAACGAUAAGAUGGUUUUUCUCGGUGACCCCAAUUCUCCUGAGUACACAAUCCGACCAUCAAGCACCGUCGGGGAUCAAAUCAAGCUCAUUAUUAAUUUAUUCCAAAGAUAUACAAGGCUAGAAUUUUCCCAUCCGAAGGACCGACCUAUUGCAAUUGAUGGACUGAUGGAGCGACUCACCAUCGCAUUCAAGACACGAAGCUUAUCAGGGCUUUUCAAAACAUUCUGGGGCCGCUGUUUGCUUUGGCGACGGGCUGACAAUACAGAACCGCUGAAGAAGAUUCCAUCUAGCACACAUUCUCGGCGAACUCCACCAACUUAG